AUGAAAGCAGCGGGCAAUGGGGGAUUUCUGCCGUUCUGGUGGCACUGGUUCAUCUCAAGCCUUCAGAGCUCGUACAAACUCAUAUAUGCUUACAUGGGCUCGUUCCUCAUCUCAUCGGACGUCGCAUUAGAAGCCCAGCUCACUGGGUCAAAGGGACUGGGCCACAUUGCGUUGGGGGACGGCGGUCGCUCAGAGACGGCCACAUCCGGCAACGUCGGCAACGAUGGACGCGUCAGAGUGAGAUUUCACGAGAAUCCGCAAAAGCUUGCCCACUGGCUUCGCGACUUUGAAGGGGCAUUCAGACCGCACUCUGGCGACUACGAUGAAGAAUUCGAACAGGCCCGGCUACGGCGACGCAGCAGCGUCAUCCUGCAGAAUCUGCAGCAGCACCCGCCGUCGAAGAGCCCGCGGCUCAACAUCGCGAUACAUAUUGUCGGAUCCCGCGGCGAUGUCCAGCCAUUCAUCCCCAUUGCGCAGCUUCUCAUGAAAGAGCCCUACGGCCAUCGAGUCCGCAUCUGCACGCACCCCGUUUUCAAGAACUUUGUGGAGUCCAAUGGCGUCGAGUUUUUCAGCAUUGGCGGCGACCCGGAGGCGCUCAUGGCUUAUAUGGUCAAGAACCCUGGACUGCUUCCCAGCCGAGAGAGCGUCAAGGCUGGAGACAUCAAGCAGCGCAGGAAAGAGAUGGCCGAAAUUAUCAACGGCGCGUGGAGGAGUUGUAUAGAGGCAGGAGAUGGCAUGGGCGAACGAACGACGGCUGCUACGGUGUUGAAUGCGGAUGAUCUUUUCGUCGCUGAUGCGAUUAUCGCCAACCCCCCAUCGAUGGCUCACAUCCACUGCGCUGAGAAGCUCGGUAUCCCACUUCACAUGGUCUUCACAAUGCCGUGGUGCCCAACACAAGCGUUUCAUCACCCGCUGGCCUCGAUGAGUUAUGGUGAGGCCGACACGAGCGCCGCCAACUAUUUGUCGUUUAUCAUGAUGGAACUCUUGACGUGGCAAGGACUUGGCGACUUGAUCAAUAAGUUCCGCACUCAGACGCUAGGCCUUGAUCAUAUAAGUCCCUUGUGGGGAUGCCAACUCCUCCCUAGACUUCGUGUCCCAUACACAUUUCUCUGGUCCGAGUCUCUUAUCCCCAAACCCGCCGACUGGGACUCCCACAUCAACAUCACCAGCUUCUCCUUUCUCCCUCUCGCCGACAAGUACACGCCCCCCGCAGACCUCACCGCCUUCCUCGAGGCCGGCCCACCACCAAUCUACAUCGGCUUCGGCUCCAUCGUCGUCGACGACCCCAAAGCUCUCACCCAACUCAUCUUCAAAGCCGUCGAACAGGCCGGGGUCCGCGCUAUCGUCUCCAAGGGCUGGGGCGGUGUAGGUGGCGGCGACGACGUCUCGGACAACGUCUAUCUCAUCGGCAACUGCCCGCACGACUGGCUCUUCAAGCGCGUCUCGGCUGUAGUGCAUCAUGGCGGCGCCGGCACGUCCGCGGCAGGAAUUGCAUGCGGACGCCCUACUGUCGUGGUCCCCUUCUUUGGAGAUCAGCCUUUCUGGGGCCAGAUGAUCGCCCGUGCCGGCGCUGGCCCGGCUCCCGUGCCCUUUAAGGAGAUGACGGCCGAGACACUGGCUGCUAGCAUCACCUUUGCGCUCAAGCCCGAGGUCCAGGUGGCGGUGCAGCAGAUGGCUGAGCGGAUCGCGGAAGAGGACGGCGCGGGGGACACCGCGAGGGAUAUUCAGGAACGACUGGCUCUCGACACGAUGCGAUGCGAUAUUUGCCCAGAGAGACUAGCCAACUGGCGACACAGAAAGACGGGCGCGCACUUGAGUAACUUCGCGGUCGGGUGCCUCGUCGAUAAGGGGUACAUGAAGCCCCACGACUUCAAGCUGUUGAAGCACAAGCACUGGUAUGUCGACGAGGGCGCCGAACACCCUCUUAUCGGCCUUGUGGCCGCGGUAUCGGGCUUUUUUACGAAUAUCGGCGUGGCGACGUCGGAUUACUCACACCGGCUGAAGCACCCGCCCCAAGCCGCCCAAAACCGGAUGCACGCGGUCGAUCUCGAAGCACAGCGCCCUGUGCACGAGAAGCAGCCUGAAGAGGAGAGCAAUACGACGCGCGAACCCUCGGCAGAACCUAGCGAGGGACCAGACGUCCAGCCGGGCCAAGAGGGCAAGGCAGAGGACGGGGAAGAUGGCCAUCUAAAGCGCGUAGCAAAGGCGCACAGCAUGACCCCGAAGCAAAUGAACGCCAUCGCCAUGAAGAUGGCGACCAAGUCCCUCCAAUGCGCCGACCCGGCCGUCGAAAUCGCCAUGAUGGACGCCAACAACGUCGACGAACGCGGUAGACGCAAGUCCUCCGUGGCGACUCUCGUCAAGAAACGGAACAGGCCGACGGAGAUCGCGCGCGCGACGGGGCGGUACGGUAUUGAGCUUGUCAAGGCUGGCCUCAAAGCGCCGGUGGCAGUGUGCUACAAUGUCGCCAACGGGUUUCACAACUACCCUUCUUACGGGUUCAUCGGACACGAGGUGCGGCGGCGGGAUCAGAUUACCGGUCUCGGGAGCGGUCUGCGGACGUCGGGCAAGGAAUUUGUUUUGGGAACGUGGGAGGCGUUUAGCGGUGUUGUCAUGAAGCCGUACGAGGGGGCCAAGAGGGAGGGAGUCAAGGGGUUCGGGAAGGGUAUUUAUCAGGCUGGUCGCGGGUUUACGUUCAAUCUCUUUGCUGCUAUUUUUGGUCUCCCUGGAUACACCUUAAAGGGCAUAGAAAAGGAAUUCUCAAAACACAGGCUUACGGCGCUCAAAGCCGAGGUACUGCUUAUUCGAUUACGACAGGGUAUCGAUGAUUUCAGGAGGUCAAUGACGAACCUGGCCGCACACAUGUAUACCCAAAAUUUCUUUUGUUGUACAACUCUACAGUCUAGCAUCGCGAAAGUCACGACUCAGAAGACACUUAGCCUGCUUCUCCACAAGACACGUCCAUCUACGCAACUUUCGUGUACAUUUGACGAAAAGGUCAGAUGCAACGUUGAUGUUGCGGAGCGCCCCUCUUCUGCCCAGGAUCAAGCUCCAGAAAAGCGGCCAUCCACACCUCAUCACCAGACAAACCUCAGACAACUCGUCGGUCUCUGCUUGUCCGUUCGUCACAUCAUCACACCGAUGACUUCUAUUCGAGUGGUUGAAAUAUGCCUCCAAUCACAUCUACAGCUUUAUGAACUGAGUCUGAGACGCAGACAUACUCCAAUGGCGGGACUUCGCGUGGUUGACGUACGCGUCGAUCAUUAUCGACAGCCACACACACUCGGUAUUCACGUGGAACGUCCUCAGAUCUCCUGGCGCUUCAGUGACGCGCCCUCGAAAUUGAAUAUUGGCAGUUGGGAAGUCAAGAUACAGAAGCCUGAUGGCUCUCAAUCGGUCAUAAGUGCCCCGUCCAACAGCCACGGGAUCAGCUCAUCGUCAGCCGAAUGGCCCGAAGACAUCGUUAUACAGUCACGACAGACGUACUCGAUAGAGAUCAGAGCGAAGGACGAAAACGCAACUGACUUCUCGCCAUGGAGCGAACCAUUCUCCUUUGAGACUGGUCUUUUAGUCCGCAGCGACUGGACUGGCAAUCUGAUCUCAGCGCCGUGGGCGGAAGAUAGCAAGAACAGCCCGCAACCGGAGGACUUGUUCCGAAAAGUCUUUGAAGCGAAGAGCAAAGUGCGCUCUGCACGACUUUACGCUACGGCCCAGGGUGUCUACGAAGCCGAGAUCAACGGCCAGAGAGUUGGCGAUUACUUCUUGGCCCCUGGUUGGACGGCAUACGACGGGAGGCUACAGUACCAGACUUACGAUGUCACGGCACACAUUGCAUCGAAUGCGUCGAAUUGCAUCGGUGUACGCUUGGCCGAAGGAUGGUUUAAUGGUCGUAUUGGCUUCGAGGGUGGCAAACGAAGUAUUUGGGGCACCCGCACUGCGGCUCUUGCACAGCUUGAGAUGACCUAUGAGGAUGGCUCCAUUGAGAUCGUAGUCACCGAUGUUAGCUGGACGACUACCCGAGGGCCCGUCAAGCUCGCAGAGAUAUACGACGGCGAAAAGUACGAUGCUACUGCGGAAAUUUCGGGGUGGUCACGCAUUGAUUCGCCUGCCGGGACAUGGGAAACCGUCCAAGUGCUUCCCCAGCUCCCGGAAACGACAGACCUCAUCUGCGGCUACGGAGAACCGGUCAAGAGACUUGAAUAUGUGAAGCCAUUGGAAUUGAUCACGACCCCUUCGGGUAAGUCAAUCUUGGACUUCGGCCAGAACCUGGUCGGAUUCAUCCGCAUCAACAAUGUCAAAGGUCAACGAGGGAGCACAAUCACUCUACUGCACGCGGAAGUCCUAGAGAAAGAGGAAUUAGGGACCAGACCUUUGCGAGACUGCAAGGCCGAGGAUAUCUAUACUCUCAAAGGCGACGAUAGCGGCGAGACAUGGGAGCCGCGCUUCAGCUUCCACGGCUUCCGUUACGUCCAAGUCGAGGGCUGGCCUUCCACCGCCCCAGAUCUCAAAGACGCGAUUGAGGCCUGCGUGUGUCACACGGAUAUGGAAGAGGUCGGUCACUUUUCGUGCUCCGACAACGACUUGAACAAGCUCUACAGCAACGUCCGGUGGUCGAUGCGCGGCAACUUCCUUUCCGUGCCGACUGAUUGCCCCCAAAGAGAUGAGCGCCUGGGGUGGACGGGGGAUUUGGCGUUGUUCGCGCCCACUGCCACCUUCAUCUACAACUGCUUUGGCAUUCUGAAGAACUGGCUGGCCGAUGUUGCCCAUGAUCAAAAGGCUCUGGACGGCGUCCCUCCAAUGGUGUGCCCGAACGUGCUCAUCGGGCAGAAGAAUUGGAGCAAGAUUGGCGCCAACGCGAUUUGGCAUGAUGUCGUGAUACUUGCCCCGUGGGCACUUUACGAAGAGUCUGCCGAUCUUGGUAUCUUGAGAGAUCAAUACGAGUCCAUGAAGACUUGGAUUGAUGUGAUUCCCCGGAACAAGACCGGUUCUACCCAUUUAUGGGAUUUCGGCCUGUUCCAGCUUGGUGACUGGCUUGACCCCAACGCCCCUCCCGAUGAGCCAAUGAAGGCCGUGACCGAUCCGCCUCUGGUCGCCAACGCCUUUCUCGUCAGGUCUCUUGACCUCAUCACCAAGGUUGCUGCGCUCUUGUCACAUCCUCAAGACGCCGAACGCUAUCAGAACGAAGCCGAUGCCGCCCGUCGGGAAUUUCAGGACGAGUACGUCAGCAGCAACGGACGUCUCACGUCAGACUCGCAGACGGCAUACGCCCUAGCCAUCUGCUUCAAUCUCAUUUUGGAAAAUCAGGCAGCCAGAGCAGGGAGUCGGCUCGCAGAGAUUGUCCGCCGAAACGGCUUCAGGAUCGGCACCGGGUUCGCUGGGACACCGUACAUCUGCGAAGCUCUUACUCGGACUGGUCAUAGCGAUGUAGCCUAUGCGAUGCUCCUCAAUCGCAAGUGUCCUUCCUGGCUGUACCCCGUCACCAUGGGAGCGACUACGGUUUGGGAGCGCUGGGAUAGUAUGUUGCCCGAUGGCACCAUCAACCCUGGCGACAUGACCUCUUUCAAUCACUACGCCUUUGGAGCGGUUGCCAAGUUCCUUGUCGAACGACUUGCAGGCUUGCAACGCCUGGAGCCUGGGUGGAAGCGAUCGAGAGCGGAGCCGAUCCUGGGUGCAGAGUUUUCGAAUGCUUCUGCCGAGCAUGUCACGCCCUAUGGAAAGGUUGCUUGCGCAUGGAAGUUGGCUGACGAGGGAGAAGGGCGUCUGCGACUCAAGGUCGACGUGGUGGUGCCACCUCUCACUGAGAUGGAAGUAGUUUUGCCGACCAAGGAUGGCAAGAGGGUGGAGAUGGUCGGGUCUGGUGAAUGGACAUUUGAGACUGAAUAUGAGCGCAAUUACGAAUGGCCGGUCAAAGAAUUGUCUCUCUUUCCGCAGUAG